CAAAAUCAGGAGGAUCGUCGUGUGGAUCUUCUUGUCUAAUGGAUGAUCUGCUAGGUCUUCUUAGAAUCAAGGUGAAAAGGGGUAUCGGUCUCGCGAUUCGUGAUUACAAAAGCAGUGAUCCGUAUGUCGUAAUCAGAUUGGGCGCUCAGAAACUGAAGACUGGUGUUGUUUAUAAAGACCUCAACCCUGAGUGGAAUGAAGACAUGACUCUUUCCAUCUCAGAUCCUGAUGCUCAAGUUGAUCUGAAAGUGUUAGAUCAUGAUACAUUUACCAGGGACGACGAGAUGGGAGAUGCAGGUUUCGAUAUUAAAUCAUUUGUGGAGGCACAAGAGAUGAAUACAGACACCCUCCAAAAUGGAACCGUUUUAAAGAGGAUACAGCCUUCUGAUUCAAAUUGCCUGUCUGAAGAAAGCUGUAUAACCUGGAAAAAUGGCAAGAUCGUUCAAAAUUUGCUUCUAAAAUUGCGAAACGUUGAAUGUGGUGAAGUUGAACUCGAAUUGCAGUGGAUUGAGAUUCCCAAAUCAUGAAUGUGCCCACAGAAGUUAGAAUCUAGUUGCUAUUGUUGGUUGGAUCAAGAUUUUAACUCUAAAUCCAAUCUAUGUGCAGUAAUAAAGUUCCUGUAGCAUCUAUCAACAUCUUGUAUAAAAUAUUUUGGGCCUCUAUACUUUUUACUACUGUUUUGGCUUAACUUCUCUCUCACAUUCUUCAUGAGUAGGUCUACAUAUAAACAUCCGGCUCUUUCAGGUCUGUGUACAUCAUAUCCGCAGACACCAAAUCAUGAUGGGAUAUACAUGACUGGUUUGGUUUGAUAUACUGUUUACGGGUUAA